AUGACACAAUACUACCCACAAUCAAUCUGGACAGAAGCUCACAUCAGACUGCAGGCAGGCAUACCCUAUGCAAUCUUCGAUCUUGAGCCCAAUGCCUCUUUUCGCACUCGCGAGUGGUCAAUGGGACUGCAUUGGUCGAUGCCACUUCUCAAAUCACUACUUCCCAUCGAACUGUUUUCGAGAAUCCAUGAAACAUUUGUCGAUCCCUCGCUGGACUGGUCACAGCCUCCGCUUGAUUGUAUGCGUAUGUAUAAUGGAAUGACUGGAGAAAUCAUGAAAGAUGUGCCCAUCAAAGGAAAGAUUGUCAGAGUAUUGAGAAAGAAAUUGAGAGCGUUGGUGGCUGAAGAUAUAGCAGUCAAGUAUAACCACUCGCUGACCGACAUUCGUUAUAAUUUCGAUAACACGGUUACUGCCAUCUUUGCUAAUGGGGCCGAAGAAACGGGGUCACUGCUUGUUGGUGCAGAUGGCCCACGCUCUGCCGUGCGCAACGUUCUCUUUGAUGGAACUGAAGCUACUGUCGAGCCGCUGGAAAAUGUGAUACACACUAAUGUUACUCCUGGAGUUUAUGUCUGCAUCCAGACCUCUUCUGCGUGCUAUCGAUCGCGCAAGAUCAUCCUUCUCCAGNACCCUUCGACCUGGUCAUUCCAACUAGUCUCUGGCUGGCUAGGCUCUCGCUCUUCUUUCUCUACUCCAUCCUCUCGCCUCGCAGAACUCAAACGAAGAGGCAAUCUCCUCUGCGAACCAUUCAGAUCUGCCUACGACUGUUUAGACGCAGAUCUAGACGUCAGAUUCGAAGAACUAGGCUGUUGGGAAACCAAAGAGUGGGAUUGUAAAAACGGAAGAGUCGUCCUGGCCGGCGAUGCUGCACAUGCCAUGCCACCUCGUGAGCAAAAAUUUCUCAAAGAUCCAGAAGAGAAAGAAUAUAAAGCUGAUGGCAGAAACAGACNNCGUGGACAGGGUCUCAACCACGCAAUCCAGGAUGCAUACAAUCUCGUCGAUAUCCUAGUCGCCAACCAUGAAAACCCCUCUGCCACUCCAGACCUUCCAUCUCAACUGCAGUCAUAUGCUCACGAGGUCAGUAUCCGCGGCGCGGAAGAGGUUAGAUUGUCAAAGCAGAAUGCCUAUAUGGUUUUGGAUUGGAAGUUGCUCGAGCAAAGCCCAGUGUUCAUGCACGCAUUGGACAAAAGCCCUGCUUCAAGUAACCAAAAAAUACAAAAAUCGAAGCUGGAGAUACGAUCCAAGNAAGCACAGCAGGAGGUUACCGCUAUGGCUGGCGCAUAG